GUCUCUCCGCAAACAUGGCGGAGGUCAGGCAGGGGUUUGGAAGAGGCGUACACCACUUUUCACACAAAAUAUACAACCGCUACCUCCAGGAGAGCCGGACUAAACACGUGAAAAGUUCGGUACCGGCUUCUUCUCUGUCGGCGACGUGUCUGCUGGGCGACUUUCUAACCGACGGACUGUGCGAAGCUGGAAAAGCGGCGGAAGAAGUGACCGUUGGAACUCCACGGGGCAGUUACACAAGGGUAAUAAAACCGCACCUCGGUGCCGGGGAGGGAACCAGAAAUGAAAACUGCUGCUACCUGGACCUGAAACAAUGUUCACCUUCUAGCUGUACGCGGGUACCAGUCACAGGACGUAAUGCCCCUCGGUACCGGAGCGAUGCGAAGUUUUGGAGCUCCAUCUCCAGUCAGCAGAGCGCCGGUAGUUUGUAUUGCGGACAGCUUCUGUUUAUCAGAGCUUACAGUGGCAACGACACCAGAACCGAGCCUCUGUACAAAAGCAAAACGGCCUACUAUGAGAUCCUGGAGGUGUCACCCAGCGCCACCCAGGCCCAGAUCAAAACGGCCUACUACAAGCAGUCCUUCGUCUACCACCCGGACAGGAACGCCGGAAACGACGAGGCCAGCGUCCGGUUCUCCGAGGUCAGCGAGGCCUACACGGUGCUGGGGAACAAGGGGCUCCGCAAGAAGUACGACCGGGGACUGUUGAGUUCCACCGACAUCACCGGGAUAACCAGGCCCUCUGCCAAGGACCCGUCCGGGGGCUCCGGGACGCAGCACGCCGAGAGCAGGAGGUCUGCGGCGGGCACCGUCACCCAGCGGGACGUGUUCGACUUCGACAACUUCUUCAAGGCCCACUACAACGAGCAGCUGCAGAAGCAGAGAGAAACCCGAGCCCGACAGGAGGAGAUGGAGAAGAGGAAGGAGGACAGCGGACACGGGUUCACGGAGAGGUUGAUGGAGGUGGGAGCCGUGCUGCUGGUGGUGGCGACCUUUGGGAUCAUAGUGAGCUUCAGAUAGGGAUGGAGGAGAAGAGCUGGAGGAUGUGGUGGUACUGAACACUGACACGAAUCUGCUGUGGGUCCUUUGAUCUUUCACCUCCUUCCACAAGGAUUAAAACGCUGCAUAUAGAGCUGUAAUAAUCAUCCAGUCACUUCAUUAGUAAAUUGGUACGUUCAAAAACAAAUGCAGGUGGAGGAUAAGUUGAUGUGUGAAUCAUAUAUAAUGCAGAGAAGCAAUCUGAAGAUGUCGCCUCCAGUUUUAGUUAACAGCCGUUUCUGUCUGUUCUCUGGCAGGAAAGUAAUUGUUAAAGCCCUCAAUGUGCUUAUGAGCAAACCAAAGGGAAACAACAUCAUCAUGCUCUUCGUGAAAACACUACUCAUAUGUUUGUUGAAAUAAACAUUCACUCUAUCUCACAUUUUUCGGUUCAGCCUGCUGGUCCGGCCUCUUUCACUCGUCUCUGUAACCUGUAACUCCACUGUGCCAACAUGUUGUCAUGUCAUGCUGACAGAGGACGCUUCAGUGGUUGGUUUACAACCGUUUAGUACCUCAGCUCAACUCGUUUGACUGUAAAAUCCUCUCUCAUGCAGAUUGUAUUGUUUUAAACGGUAAAGGAAGUUUUAAUGAUGGUUUAACGUAUUGCUAUUUAUGAAAUAUUUAUGGCAAUGUAAGUCAGGGAGGAGUCAUGUCUUGAAACCGGGGGCAUUGUGAGAACUGAAAUUCUGUGCUCUUUUAAAGAAUGUGACUUAAAUUAUAUUUAUUGUAAUAAAUAAAUCACUGCUUAUAUUGAGCAGAUGUAUAUCAAAUAAAUGACUUCUAAGAGGUGCUUGUCAGAGCACAGCGAAACAAA